AUGAUCGGUCUUGUCGUAAUGCUUCUAACCAGUAUACCAUCAGCUAUUGAUAAAGGUGUUGCGUUUUCUGGUUUAAUCGUAGCAAUGGUUAUUAUUGGCUUUGGUACUGGUGGUGUGAAAAUAGCAUUUCUUGGUUCUAUUGUUGUUUUGAUCAUUGGUCGCAAUAAAUAUGUUCAAAAACCUCCGACUGGGACAUUAAUCACUCGCGCUGUUCAAGUGACAAUGACAGCGAUUCGAAUGCGACGAAAACUAGGCAAACAACUCGAUCGUCCAGAUAUUUUCGAUUACGCCAAAGAUAUGUCAUCAUCGAAUGAUCAUAAUGAAAACGAGGGAAUACCUGUAUUAAACAACAAUGCGUUUAUUGAUAAUCUCAAUCAAUCAAUCAAUUUUAUUUUAGUCCAUGAUGUUAAUAAAAUGACAGGGUAA